UUGGACAGACACACUGAGACCGCUGGCUUUCUCCCAGUCACCAGACCAGAAAUACUGGAUAUGCUUGAUAUUAAAGCAGAGGUACUGGAUGACAAGUCUGGAACAGAUCUGGGUUUGAUCAAACCACACACGGAGUUUUUUCCCAGAUUACUCGAAGAGACUUUCUGCGGCUUCUGAGGAAAAUGGGGAGAGUGCAAUAAUGAAUCAGGACAUUCACUCCAGAAUUUUUAAUAACAACCUGUUGAAGAGGGACACACUAAUAGGUUGUUGUGUUUACUUGUUGUUCAUUUUUGUAAAGUGAAGUUCCUCUGGAUCCAGUAGAGAUAUUAUUUUCUAGGUAAGGUCAAUGGUUUAUUUCAGUUGGAGACAACACUGGCUAAGAGAUGACCGGAGCCCUGCAUACUGGACUCAUACUCUUCUCCUUCAUGGUGGUAUGUGAGAGUGAGCCAACACAUACUGGGCCAGAUCGAGUGGGGGAUUCACAUGCACAACUCAGACUGGUCCAUCUAACGUCCCACUCGGCCUUCCAGCUGGUCAAUGACUCACUGGCCUUCUCCAGGGCUGAAAGCUUCUGCAGAGGCCAGUUCAGCUUCCUUGCCAAUGUGGAACAGUCAGAGGACCAGGAGGGAGCCUUGGAGCUGCUUCGGCAGACUGGAGUUCGCUUGCCUAUUUGGGUCACAGAUCCUAGCAAAGCAGCUUCCAAGCCUGUGGCUCUCUCCAAACAGUAUUUACAGUUCUCAGCUCUGAAUUUCCCAAAGGAAUCCCAUGAUGGCUUUGCUCGUGUCAACAUGUCCUUUCCCUCCCUGUCAUCCGUCAGUGUGUGUGUUCGAGUUCAGUGGAACCAAGACUGGAAUGAGGUGUCCACCAUUUUUUCCUACGCUGCGCCUGUCUUUACCAAUGAGUUCCAGCUAAGAGGUCAAGUAGACAUACAGGGACGCAUCCUCCUGGCACUCAUCAUUCACGGGAAGCACCUUCCAUAUAAGGCAUCCUUCCCCAAUGAUGGAGCUUGGCAUCACAUCUGUGUCACAUGGCGCCAGAGCAGUGGCCACUGGGCUAUCUAUGUGGAUGGGGACAGGAAGGACAUGGGCUCAGGCACAGACACUUCCAGGAAUAUCUAUGGGGAUGGCAUACUCAUUCUGGGUCAGGACCAAGAUUCAUUUGGAGGGAAUUUCACAGAGCCUUUCUUUGGAAAUAUCACUGAUCUGAACGUUUGGAAUAUGUCUCUGGAAACAAAGCAUGUCCGUGCCCUCAACAUGUGUUCACCAAUGACCCAGGAAGUGCUUUUCAGUUGGGAUCUUGACCACCUAAGCAGUCAUCCAGUGGUCAAAGAAGUGCAGGCCCUCCUGUUUUGCCCAGGAGUGCGCCAGCAGAUGGAGCUGCAGGGCUGCAGGACUCUGCAGGGCUGGUCAGCUCAGGUCCCGGUGUUCGGCCUGAGAGACUGCUCCGAUCCACUAUUGUUCAUCUGCAGGAGCAGCAGAGAGCGUUACCUGAAGAUGAAGCAGAUGAGUGACUCUCAGAACUCACAGCCCACAGCCUUUAUGAACCAUCUGAUGAAGCUCUCCAACAAAACCCAGGCAGUGCUGGGGCAGCAGCCAUCAGGGCUGAGCAGCCUAGCCCAGGUGUCUGCCCUGCUGGAUAUCUCUGUCCAAGCCCUGGAGGACACACAGCAAGAGGGACUGACACCAACAGACAUGAUAUCCCUCAUCCAGCUGCUGUCUCUGGCUUCUGAUGUCCCCAAACAGCCUCUCACCGACAGCACCAACCACAGCCAAGACAACAUCCAGGAGCUCAGCCAGCACUUCAUCAGCGUGGCCGACAGCAUCAUCAGUGAAGACAAUGUCCUGAAGUGGCAGGACAUCAAAGAGGUGGUGAACGGCCCCAUGGAUGUGGUCAGGAGUAUUGACCGGAUGGUGACCAACCUGAGCCCUCACUUGAUGGCAGAGACUGAUCACCUCACCAUUCACAGACCCAAUAUCAAACUAGAGGUGCAGCAGCAGAGGCUGCAGGAAGGAUCCAGAGGAUCAAGCUUCUGUGGGCCUGAGACAGAGAAACACACCAACCUAGACUGUAUUUCAGUCCCACAUCAGAGGAUACAGGAUCUCCAUAACAACGGCUUCCAAAAGCUCACGUUGGUCAACACGUGGUAUGCCUCUCUGCGGCCUCUUUUCAGUCCUGAGGAGAACAUCACCAUGGUUCCUACUGUCACUGAUGGCAGCCAGAGGUAUUUGGGCACCUUCCUGGGCUCCUCUGUCAUAUCCACCACAGUGCUGGGAGAUGACCAGCCAGUUAGCACAGCAGUUCAUUACCAGCUCCAGCACAUAGCACAGAACCCCACUGGUACUGUGUAUGAUCCAGUGUGUGCCUUUUGGGAUUUUGAUCUCACUCCAGAGGCUGGUGGGUGGUGGAAUACCAAAGGUUGUGAGGUAGUGUCCAAACAAUAUGGAAACACUGUGUGCUACUGCAACCACACCACCAAUUUUGCAUUGCUGCUACAAGUUUAUGAGGCCCAGAGGAGCCCGCAGAACGAAAAAGCUCUGCAGGUGCUGACGUUCAUCGGCUGUGGAGUGUCUCUGUGUGGCCUCCUCUUCACCUUCAUCCUCUUCAUCGCUGUGGGUGUCCCUAAAUCUGACCGGACCACUGUCCAUAAGAACCUGAUUGUUGCUCUGGGCAUUGCUGAGCUGCUGUUGAUGUGCAGUGACUGGGCGUCUGACAACGAGGCAGCAUGCUUCGUGGUGACUGCGCUACUCCACCUCUUCUUCAUGGCCUCCUUCUCCUGGAUGCUGGUGGAGGGCCUUCUGCUCUGGAGCAAAGUCGUGUCUGUCAACAUAAGCGAGGACCGCAGGAUGAAGCUCUACUACAUCACUGGCUGGGGACUACCUGUUCUAAUAGUUGGUAUAACACUGGCAGUAUCGGUGGAUGAUUACAAGGCAGAUGAUCACUGCUGGCUUAACGUGAAGACUGACACCAUUUGGGCCUUUGUUGGACCUGUUAUAUUUGUCUUGGCGGUCAAUGCAGUUGUGCUGUGUCGGGUUGUCAUGGUGACCGUUUCCAGCGCUCGUCGUCGUGCUAAGAUGCUCAGUCCAAGCUCGUCAUCAAAGAUACAGACCUUUGACCUCACUUGGGCUGUGACCCGUCCGGUUCUCAUCCUUCUGCCAGUGCUGGGUCUCACCUGGCUGUGUGGAGUGCUGGUCCAUCUGUCAGUAGUAGUUGCCUAUCUCUUCAUCGCUCUCAAUGCCCUCCAGGGCCUGUAUAUCUUCUUAGUGUAUGCUGUUUACAACAGUGAGGUGAGGAAUGCCAUAAAGAGGAUCAGAGAAAAGAGAAAGGCCUUAUCUUUCACGAACUGUUCCAAGCCAACCAGCUUCCAACCUUCCCAGAAGGCCCCAAUUACCUCCUGGGGCCGCAGUCAACCGACCCCCUCCAGUGCUGAGACCAGUGAAACCUCUGGACCCCCCAGCUCCACCUCCACAUCACUGGUCAUCAAGAAUGAGAGCUUCAGAAAGGAGAGCUUUGUGAAUUUCUCUUUAAAGUCAGCAUCAGGAAACCAAGUGGUCCAGCUGACUGGGUUCAAGCCAUCAGGUUGUUGAACCGCAAAUGGAGUGGAUCCUGAUACUCAAUUACAAUAAGAAUGCACCAGGCUGAAAGAAGAGAGGACUGGACACACACACAGAUCAAACCUGAAGAAGUGCAUGGCCACCAUAAACACACACACACACACACACACACACACACAUAUUCUGCUGGGAGGGAGAGUAUGGAAUAAAAUAAGCAUGAAGGAAGGAUGAAUAAGAGAGCUCCACCUUCUCUCACACUGUCACUGCUCUGUUCUCAGAUCAAAUCAGUGUUCCCUCAACUACUCACUUUCUAGGUAGCUAGAGAGUCCUUUGCAUCAAAGUCUUUGGAACAAAUAGAGUAGUGAAGGAAUGUUUUCUUUUUUCAUGGGAUUCACCAUUUAAACCAAUGUCCACUUACCAGUAUGUCUGUGACAAAGUAACAGUGCUGUCUAAAAAGAUUUUAUUGCCCGUUGCCUGAUAGUAGUUUGUAAGAUGGUGAACUGAUCUCUUCAAGGCACAAAUGAGUCUUUUGUUCUGAAAGCAAAGGGAAGACUGUUUAUGGUGUCACACUACACUCUACAGCUGAAAACACACCGUGGUGCACCGUGUCAUGUGCCACCUCUGGCACCAAUAGGACACGUCACGCUGCAGCACAUCAACAGAAGACCACACAAAGUUGUUACUGCUUUUACCAAUACAUCUUCUUCAUGUGUGGACACCCACUAAUUCAACUCGAUUUCUCAUGUGAGGAGCCAAUCUCCAGAGCUAUGACUUGGCAAUAUAUUUAUUGACAGUAGGACAGUGCAUGAAUUGCUGCAGGGUGGCAUGUCCCGGAACCAUGAUGUGUGUGUUGUACAGAGAAAAUAACAGGGGUGGAUGUUUUGACAGGCACCAUUUGGCACUGGUAUGUUUUGGCCUUAAAGGGUCAGUUCACCCAAAUUACAAGCCAGUUGUGUUCACUAAGGUUUUGGGUACAGUGGGCAGAUGUUUUCUUUUGCAGUGCUCACAGCAUCAGAAUAUAGAAUUUGAAAAUAGCAGUAUGUCUUUUCAGAAGCAAUUUGAGGUGACUCCACAGACCUCCCUGUGAACAGACUUUAUUAGAAACUUGUACAAUAGAGCUCAGACACCUCCAUGGAAACUGUAGAAAGCUGUUUUCUGUAAAUAAGUCUGUGUCAUCAGGACAUUGUAUCUUGAGCAUUGCUGUUUUCUCCCUGCAUUGUAGUGGGUGGAGAAAGAAAUCCUAAGAGCAGGUAUCUGAAACCUUCAGUAAAUAAAACUAUACACACUUUAGCAAUAUGGGUAAAGUUACCCUUUUAAAUUAAAAACAAGUAACUUCAUUGUUUUUUUUCCUUGCUUACCUACACCCACACAGAAACUAUAUUCACCAGGUAUUGUCUAACUGUCUUUACCGAAUACAUUUAGAUGGUUUUUGACUACAAACACAGUUCUCUGUAAAACUUUAUUUGGAUAGUCAACCUAUAGAUAGUUUGUAGAGUAUUUGUAACAUUUCAGCAGGUUAUUAGUUGAGAUUGAACAAUUCAAUUGUUUGGAGAAAGUUAAGUUGAUUAUAUGUGAUGAUUCACUACAUAUUUUCACAAUAGUUGAGUUGAACUUCACAAUUCUCUCAACCUAUGCUGCAUAGGUUGGAUGACUAGUUAAAGUUUAUCACAGGUACUCCAUAAAAUUACAUGCACUGAGAAUGAGGCGGUCAGCCCCUAUGUAUGUGUAAUAUUAUUACUGGGCUUAAUUCUCACUCUUCCGUCGUCUUCUGUCUGUAGCAAUAUAUUGUGGUCCAUGACAUGUUGUCUUAUACAAGUAAACUAUAAGAGAGGGAAAGGUUGUGACGUCAGUGACAUUUGAAUUUUGCAUCAAGGCCACUUAUUUUGUAGUCAGUUUGGCAGGCACAGCAAAUCACACUAUAACCCAUCAUAUCUACGUGGUUUUAACUUUACCUAAAAUAAAAUAAAAAAGACACGUUACAUGAUGCUGACUGGUGUUUGUUAUCUACGUGUGCAUGUUCAUUUUCCUUGUUAUUGUUUUUCAGACAGAUCAUGGCUGUGUCUGUCAUUUUGCCAUGUUUUCCAUGCCAUGUCUUUGUUGCCAUAUUUUGAUGAUAUGUUUCCAAAGGUGUUAAUAUCCACUGUUUCGUUACAAGUAAAAGUGGAAUUACAGGGUUUUAGAAAGUUAAGAACACAGAAGUUUGGGAAGCCAGAAUGCGUGUCUGCUCCCUCAUACCCAACCAGAAGCCAGCUCUCUGUGGUGCUGUUUGUCAUUACGGAAGAACAAUGGGAUAGCCAUCUCCUCAUUUUAAUGGGUGGCAGAAUCAUCAUAAUUUGUUGCACUGUAUUGUAUAUAUUGAGUUCAUUUUCUCCACCAAAUAACAUAUUGGUAACAUUAGCAAGGCUAAAUGUGUUCUGCUAAGUAGCUUGAAGUUAAUAAUUAGUGUAGCUAGUUAAUGCUACUUGUUGUUGUUAAGGUAAACUGUUAUUAUGUGGUGAGGCACGUUAAGGAUAAUAAUGAUGCAAACUAACUUUACAGUAACAUGCUUUCAAACAACAUUGCUAGAGUGGCUUACCAAAAAUAUUUUUAAUAAUGUUAGUCCUGCUGUGUUGACUAACUUGUUCAGUAUAUGCCUCUAUAAAUCUAGACCUUUAUCACUGCUUUAUCACUCACUUUAUUACUCCCUGAUCUGAUUACAGUUGUAGUCUGGUCAGUGAUAACAGGCUGGACCUGCCCCGUUUGGUCAUUUAUUACGAUCUUGGAGCAAACAGGGGCUUGAGUUGAGUUAUAUGCUGCUGCUGGACAGAGCCAUGAUCUGACAAGGCAAUCUGGCGCAUAUAUCUAGAUUAUUAUUUUUUAUUUCGGUCAACAUCACAUCAUUUAAAUAAUUUUCAAUUUUGUGGAAGAACUUUUCAGCUUAAGCUGAAGCAACAGAGAUAUGAUAGGUUAUAGUGUGAGACUAUAGCAGACACAGCAUCACACAGCAGACAGCAGUGUGAUGCUGUGAGAGUAAAACACAGAUGUUUGCGUUAACAUUACAGAGAUAUCGUGAAGACACACGUAAACAGGAGGCACAUGUACUGUUGUUGAGUCAACAACUCUAAAUCUAUCUACAGCAUCCACUGUCAAACUGGUGUUGGCUUCAGACAUUGCAGAAUUGCCUUGUUUCUACCUUGUUCUGCUUUAUAACAAGCAGCCAUCUCAACUCUCGCCUAUUUUCCUACAGAAUGAUGCACUAUACCUUAAGGUUCAGACUGUUUCUGUGUGACUCGGCUGGGCUUGUAGAUUCCCUGAUGGGCCAGGAAUCAUGUUGUGGUUGCUGAUAUGUAUCUUAAAAUAAGAAUCACAAUUUUUGGUGUUUGUUACUGUGCGCAAAUUUGCGAAUCCUAGGAUAGUGAAGGAAUGGCCUGCUCUACUUGGACUUCCGCCACUGUAAACUUUCAUUCUUGUCCUGCCACGUUUACCCCUUCAGAGUGAGACCAGGUUGACCCUAACCUUAACCAGUUCUACUCCUUUUGCCCUAACCAACAAAAGUAAUGAGUACUAGUCAAUCAUAGGGUGAGUAGGGGGGAUCUUUCCUUCACCACCCUAGGAUUUGCAGAUUUGCUUACUAUACUCGCACAAUCUGCUACGAUCUAGAAUGUCUGCUCUCUGCCAUGGUGAAAAAAGUAACAGUAACAAACACUUUGCACAGAUGCAAAACAAGAAAAUAACACAGUUUUACUAUUUGACAUAAUGUGCCAUUUACCAUUUUCCACACAGUUUAAAACAGGUAAUAAUCCGACUGAGCAUAUACCUGUUCUCCUCAAUCUGCUGCUAUACAUAUACUGUUCCCAGUUUGUAUGUGAUGUCAGUUUGGGUAGCUGCUCUGCUAAGCAAGUCCAG